GAAAACAGUUGUUAUACCGCGAUUGAAGCGGUUAGUUGAACUAGCUAGCAUUGGUUACCCAUCGAUGACGUCGCAUGUAUUACUGUUGCUAUUACUGCUACUGGGAGCUCAGCUGCAGGCACAACUGGAAGCACCAGAAUCGAGGGACAAUGUACCUACACACUUUGGGAAUUGCUUGACGGACCUCGGCUCUGGGCAAUGUGUGUAUCGCAACAACUGUGUUUUUCCUGAAUAUUUGAAUAAACUGGAUGUCGAGAGCAAUCGACAAUGCUACUCGCUGCAGAGACCCGGAUUGGUAUGUUGCCCUAGUGAACAAAAUGUUUUGCCCUUGUUGUCAGUGCGAGUAUCACAAGGAGUUCAAACUGGGAGGCAAGAAACUACAGAGCUUCCAAGGUAUCCAGACUGUGGCGCUUCUCUGGCCUAUAGAGUGAUCGGGGGCAAAAACACAGAGCUGUUUGAAUUUCCCUGGACCGCACUAUUGGAAUAUACGGUACGCGAAAAUGGAAACAAACAGCACAUUUGCGGUGCCUCGUUCAUUGCUUCACGAUGGCUCCUUACGGCAGCCCAUUGCGUUCACAACCACUUUGUUGGCAAUUAUCGAACAUUGACAGGGGCCCGUCUGGGCGAAUGGAAUAAGACGAGUAAUCCAGACUGCAUAAUCCAAUUGAAUGGAAAGCAGGAAUGUGCGCCGCCGCACAUUCAAGUCAGCAUCGAUCUAAAAAUUAUGCAUCCACAGUUUGACUCAAAAAACUUAACUCAUGACAUUGCAUUGCUGCGUCUCGCACAACCGAUAGAUUGGCACAAGCAUCAGCACGUGGAGCCCGUUUGCCUACCGCCAGCGCGUGGCUCACGCGCCAAUCAGCUCGUGAGCAGCGCCGCUGACGUUUCGGGCUGGGGCGCUACCGAGCAGAACAAUCAGCCCAGCGAUGUUAAGCGCAAGGCCGUACUCUACGUCCAGCCGCAAGAACAGUGUGAGGCGUCUUUUCGCCAGCUUGGCUACACCAUUAAUAAUGGUCAGCUUUGUGCCUCAGGUGGUGUUAACGUCGAUUCUUGCUUAGGCGAUUCAGGUGGCCCGCUCACCGUCGAAGCGUACACGCCCCAGAAAGAUCACUACGUUUAUCAGGCCGGCAUAGUUUCGUACGGCAAAGAGAUUUGCGGAGAGACUGAUUUUCCCGGCGUUUACACAAGAGUCAGCAAUUACAUGGACUGGAUUGAACAGACCAUAUACAACAACAGCAGUACAAGGGGUGUUGUUGGUUAGAUAGUUAGGAACAGGGACUUGAAGACUCCUUAUAUGCAAUUGCCGUCAAUUACAAGUCACGAAAGCGACGGUACUUUAUCUGUAAAAUUGCAAGUGAAAGGAGUAUAUAAGUUCAAUGCAAUGUCCGUCCGUCUGUCUAUCUGUUUUUAUGAGAAUUAUUUGUUCACAUGCAUUUAAAUAAUUAUCCUAGUCUACUAAGCUAACAAGGCCGUUAAUUAGCUUUUCUUAAACAUAACAAAUUGCGCAAUCAAAAAGAAAAUAUUUCUGCUACAUACAUUCCAAGUAUUUUGUUUUGAUCAUUAAUCGGCUUUAAUUGCUAAAUAUACUCGACCACCGUAUCUGAUCAAGUAUUUAUACACUUUUGGAGUCAGAGAAAUUGCCUCCAGCUUUUAACAUACGGUUUAAUCAGAUCAUUAUACCCUCUUGUAUACAUUUGCAAUAGGUGUAGCAAUUAGGUCGGAAAUACCCGCAAGCAAAAGGCCUAAACCUACAAAACCCAGAAGAACCGCGCACUUAAGGUUUAUCAAAGACAUGUCAAGAUUGGUGACUCAAGCUCCUAAAACCUAAAAGAUAUGCUCAAAAAACGUUUUUUUUUUUUAUGUUAAAUGUAAAUUUAAAAUUUUGCUUGAAAAUUGGUCUAGUUAUCGAUGACAUAAAAAAACUCUUACUGCUAAAUUUUGUUUAUUUUUGCAUAUCUCUGUCUUUGAAAAUGUUGUAUGCAGGCAUUUGUAUAGUAUGCACAGAUUCAGAAUAUUUCUUAAGUAUUUUGAAAUGAAAUGGAUUUCCCUUAAAUUUCAUAAAGACCGGACUGUAGACACGGAAGUAAAUCACGUAAUCACUUCUAAUAGUAUUGCGUAAUUUUGUGUUUGUGUGUGUGUGUGUAUAUAUGUAUGUAUAGAAUGUUGUUUGAUUAAUUUUGACAGCAAGUCGGCGCCGUUAGUCUUGCUUUUCUUAAUUCAAGAAAAGCUUAUUUAUCGGUCUAUUAUCCAAUCGUCUGGAUGUACCUGUAUGAAUCAGGUGUUAAUUUGACCUUCAGAUUUUUAGUUCCAUUCUCAUACAUUUUUGAAGUCGUAAAGUCCGUAAGAAAGCACCAUUAUUGUAAUAACAAAUUAUAUAACUCUGCAACCAUAGUUCAGAAGUAGAAAUAUGUAUGAAUUGAUUGCUGGAAAUUUAAUUAGAGUCGGUUAAGACGAGCGUAAGUUAAGCUGACACAAAUUACUAAGCCUAUAAAAUUGACCCCGACCGAAACAAUCUUACUUGUUUCUUGAAAUUCGUUAUAUUGAAAGAAAAGAGCAAUAUUCAUGUCCGUGAAAUUGUGCAUAAAUCAUUUAUGUAUAAAUUACUUUUAUUUGUUCACGUGCAAAUACAUGCACGAACUUAACUUUUACAUUGCUUAUAACUCUUUCUACGAACGUAUGUAUAUAUUAAGGGAAUUAAUAAAUAUUAAAAACAAACCAGCUACAUAGCUACAACUUAA